UACAAGCGCCAGUGCAAGUUCUAUCCCCGCGCGGCUGUCCCAUCAGCUGUACCUUCCCCAGGCUCGUUGACUGUUGCUCACCUUGAAGUCGAGGGCGAAUGCACUGUCCAACGCUCACCUGCGGCAGAACCCUCAGUGCAACCCGAACCAUCAGAGCCAGCCAGCCCUAUGAUUGAGGAUAACGAUGAGAUAGCCGAGUUGCGUGCCAACCUGGACCGCAGUUCUCAUGCCACAUGUGAGUGGAAAGUCGACAACGACUGUGUCGCGUGUCGAUUUCAGGACUACCAACGAGAAUGUAUCAACGCACUCAACCAGAAAGUGCUCAAGAGAAGCGAGAUCGCUGACGUGAUGGCGCUCAUUGGCGUGUUUGCGCCCUUCAUUCCAACCUCUCGUAUGACGAAUGUGUUUGGAAAGAUGUUGGACCAUCUUCUAACGUCGAUCAAGUUCCCAGCGCCGGACAUCGACGAUCUUGCCGUCAUGAAAGCUCAUCGGCUUAACGGUGAGCGUGACGAGGCUUGUGAAACUAUUCGAUCGCUAGACCGCAAGAAGAGAAUCAUGAUCGAGACGCUGAUGGAGAAGCUCCCGAUGAAGAGCGACAAGACCAUUUCAGAAGGAACAUUUGUUACCAACUACGUGUCGCCAUUGCUCUACGGGACACUGGCCUUGGACGACGGACGCGUUCAAAUAUAUUUCCCAAACACAGAGUGCCAGACACAAAAGCAACAAGGCAUCAAGGCCGAUCGACCGGAUAUCCUAAUUAGGAUUCGCGGCCAAGAAGCUGUUUUUGGCGAGGUGACUGGACCUGCGCAGGCAGGCCACACUGCCAAGAACGCUUGGGAUCUCUUUCGCUUGGCGCGAUUUGGUAAGGCGUUUCUGGACAAUGGAAACAGUGUUGCGCCGCUCCUCCAGGUCGUCUACAACAACGGCACCUUCAUGCGCCUCACGAUCAAGACUCGUGGGAUGUUCAUUCUCGAAGAGAUUGGUGCGUUCGAAGUCCCGACCAAGGUCGCUGGCAUCCCGGCCCUCGCUGCGACCCUCCCAACACUGUUGGCAGCUCGGGAUGACGUACAACAGAUUUUGGAUGGCGACAUGAACGGCUUGAAGCGUUCUUGGGGGUAUGGCGACGUCCGUGAUGCAAAGAAGCGAAUCGCCUAAGCCCUCUCCCCCCUCAUCCAAGACAAAUGGUCCCACUCUA